GCUGCGAAUGACAGGAAGUAGGUCACAGACCAAUAAGGGAACAGUCUCUUACAUCAAGAAGAAGAUAAAGGGAGAUCUAUCUCCAGAGAGAAGCAUCAAUCUGUUCCACUGUCUGAAUGAGCUGAACGACUGUUCUCUAGUGAAGUAUAUACAACAGUACCUGACAUCAGAAAGUCUCUCCGGAGAAUCUCUCUCCCCUGCUCAGUGGUCAGCUCUGGUCUUCAUCUUACUGACAUCAGAAGAGGAGCUGGACGUGUUUGACCUGAAAAAAUACUCUGCUUCAGAGGAGGGUCUUCUGAGGCUGCUGCCAGUGAUCAAAGCCUACAAAACAUCUCUGCUGAAUGGCUGUCAUCUGUCAGAGAGAUGCUGUGAAGCUCUGGCCUCAGUUCUCAGCUCCAACUCCUCUAGUCUGAGAGAGCUGGACCUGAGUACCAAUGAUCUGCAGGAUUCAGGAGUGAAGCUGCUCUCUGCUGGACUGGGGAGUCCACACUGUACACUGGAAACUCUCAGGCUGAAGGGCUGUGAUCUGUCAGAGAGAUCCUGUGAAGCUCUGGCCUCAGUUCUCAGCUCCAACUCCUCUAGUCUGAGAGAGCUGGACCUGAGUACCAAUGAUCUGCAGGAUUCAGGAGUGAAGCUGCUCUCUGCUGGACUGGGGAGUCCACACUGUACACUGGAAACUCUCAGGCUGCAGGGCUGUGAUCUGUCAGAGAGAUGCUGUGAAGCUCUGGCCUCAGUUCUCAGCUCCAACUCCUCUAGUCUGAGAGAGCUGGACCUGAGUAACAAUGAUCUGCAGGAUUCAGGGGUGAAGCUGCUCUCUGCUGGACUGGGGAGUCCACACUGUACACUGGAAACUCUCAGGCUGAAGGGCUGUGAUCUGUCAGAGAGAUGCUGUGAAGCUCUGGCUUCAGUUCUUAGCUCCAACUCCUCUAGUCUGAGAGAGCUGGACCUGAGUACCAAUGAUCUGCAGGAUUCAGGAGUGAAGCUGCUCUCUGCUGGACUGGGGAGUCCACACUGUACACUGGAAACUCUCAGGUCAGUUUUACUCAAUGGUCAAACAGUUACACCACAAGUUCCACAUCAGAGGAUGGUUAUAUAACUCAACUUAUAACUCAGUACCUGUGAUGGCUGCAUCCAUGAUUUUGUAUCAUUGCAGAUGUAACACCUUUUGUUUAGGUGGAUAUUCUAAUACAUCCAUAUGCCUGCAACCUUUCAGUUAUAAACAUAAAAAUGAGCUCAAAAUAUAAUAAUAUUGCCCUCCCACUGUCCCCCGUAUACGUGACGGUGAUAGUUUAGAGCAGGGUGAAGUACAGGGGGUCUUUGGAGGGUCUUACCCCUAGCUGGACACCUCAGACCCCCUGAAAGCCUCAACAGAAACAUUUUGGAGGAUCUCUGGAAAGAUAUAAAAAAAUGAUUUGAAACUUGCAAUUGUCACACAAAACGUGUUUUAAAGCUUAAUAUAUCCAGUACUCAUUAUCUUAAUUGCUAAUUCUUUACUCACAAAUAUGAAUAGGAUUCAGAAUAACAUUGUUAUAUUGUGUACUCAGUGAUUAGACAAACUCAUUAAAGCUCUAUUCAUUAUGAACUAAUAAAUAAGGAAAGCCAAGGAUUAAUACUUGUUAAUUUAUAGUUAAGUCAAGCUGUAUUUCAACAGCUGUAAGCUAGGGAUGGGAAUUGAAAAUAAUUUCACGAUUCCGAUUCUCCUUAUCGAUUCGAUUCCUUCUCGAUUCUCGAUUCUUAUUGGGUGAGAAAAUAAAUACAAAUUUGUUUGUUGCUAUUAACUCUCUUUAAUAUCUGAUCUGAAGUGCGUCUAGUAUUAGGAAAUUGUAAAUUUUCACAUUAAUUGGUCUAGACAAAAAAAGUGAUAUGUUUGGCUUUUUAAGCCCAAAUGCCAUCAUUGUGUGUAAUGAAACUACAAAUAAAGACUGAAAACAGUGAAGUAAGAGCUUGUGCCUUUUGGAAUAUUAACAGUGCUCAUUUGCAUUCAACUUGUAACAAAAUUCAUUUGACAUAAAAAAACAACAAAGAAGUCUUCUGUAAAGAGACGGUGGAUCGGUAAUAUAAGGUAAUAACGUUACAAAUUUUUAAUACAUAUGAAUUCAGUUAGGUAUUCAUUCCAGAUUACGUAUUCAUACCCUUUAUACUACUCCAAUUACUAUAUAGCACUGUUAUAAUAUAUAUAUAC